AUGGACGCCCGAGUGAGAAUCCUGAGUCACCGACAAGUGGGUAAAAACGUCCGGUAUCGCUGGCUUCAGAACUUGCAGCAGGGAGCGAGGCCUUUCCGAGAGACUCCUGUCAAAGCACAGGAAGGACUGGCAGCAGGAACGCGAGCGUCCCACGCAGGGCCGGCAGCCCUGCCCCCUAGAGCGCUCCCGUGCCGGCUCGCAGCGGCGGUGCCCGCAGCUGGGCGUCAGAGCCCGCGGAGCAGCCCGCCGCCGAGUGGGUGGUGCAGGCAGGGGUGGUAUAUCCUGUCUGCCGAGGGCGGGCCCGCCAGUGCCUGCAGAGGGAAGAGCCGGGGCGGAGGCGCCGGAGCAGCUGCAGGAGCCCUCGGCCGGUCGCACACUCUAUGGCCACAGGCGGCCGCUGAGCGCGAGGAGACCACGCCGCUGCCCGCCGCCGCCCCGCACCGCCCGCGCCUCUCCGCCGCCGCCGGCCGCGCCUCCGCCACCAUGAACCACUCGCCGCUCAAGACCGCGCUGGCUUACGAAUGCUUCCAGGACCAGGACAACUCCACGCUGGCCUUGCCGUCCGACCAAAAGAUGAAGACAGGCACGUCGGGCAGGCAGCGCGUGCAGGAGCAGGUGAUGAUGACCGUCAAGCGGCAGAAGUCCAAGUCCUCGCAGUCGUCCACACUGAGCCACUCCAACCGAGACACACAGGGAACACUAAACUUCCCUGCAUGAAUCCUCAUGUUGAAUUGAGCAUAUUGGACCAUGCUGUUUCUGGAGCAGUUUCUCACGACCAGGAAUCAAGACACAGUGGCCUGAAAGGUAACGGUUUUGCAUCCAGCUCCUCAGAACCAGGGCAGUACACCCCGUCUUUUACCUUCAAAGUAAAGGACAAGUAUUUCAUCGCAUCCUUAAUCCACUGUGCAUUUAACUGUGAAAUGGCUCAUGUCGACUCUGCCCCAUUCUUCCACAUAAUUCAAGUAAGAUGAGGGACUAGCACAAAACAUGCAAUACGUGAGGCAUGCUCAGUAGGAAAAAUAGGAUUCUACAACUAACCUGAAAAGAAAAGUAAGUUCCAGGAGUUUUUAUUGUUUGAAUAAUGGCACACAUAAAACCAGGCAGAGAAGUCCCCAAGGAAAAGAUGGUCGGGUUCCACUGGAACUUGCCCUUUGGUCCUUCAUCUUCUAAGCACUUCCUGUUUUUUCUUUUUAAUGAUAUUAGACAUUUAUUUUGAUCACAAAUGCAAUCCAAGUGUGAAUAAAUAAAUGCAGUAUCUUCUAUCCCCCCUCCAGUUUCUUUUAAAUAGAAAAAGUGCUAAAUGUCUCUUCAUAGCCUGGUUGGCCACAGUUGUCCCGCCUACAGUUUUAAAACCAGACUGCACUGCAGCUCAUUCCGCCAAGAAGAUGCUGGGAGACGGUCCUACUGAUACUGCCGAUAGUCGCCGAACGGCGAAGAUGGUAGCUGGGCUGAGGGCAGCUGGGAGGGGUCUUCCACAAACUGAGGGCCUGCAGUGAAAUCAAAAAGGAGACUCUGGCAUUAGGAUUCAAAAGGAUAAGUAUCUGUAGAGAGCAAACCAAUGAACUUGAAAAGUAUGUGCUACACUAGAGCUGUAACUCAAUUUAUAUCUCAGGGCUCAAAUCCCAUGAUGGGUUUGGAGAAACUUCAAAUUUGGAGUCACAUGACAAUCUGUCUUGUUUCAGAAUGCAGCUCUCAAACACCCAAGGUGCUGUAACAAGGUGCCACAAUUUAGGGCUUGAAAAAUUGCUCCUCACCCUUAACACAUUUUUGGUAACAAUUUAAAAAUAUUACCACAAAAUUUAAGUGCCUUAGCUAUGUUUUACUUUUUUUUUUUUAAUGUUUUGUUUUCUAUUUUGUUUGGUACUAGGAAUCAAACUCAUGACGUUGCACUUGCCAGGCAGCUCCUAUGCCACUGAGCUAAAUCCCCUUUGUUUUGUUUUUAGGAUCGCACUAAGUAUUCCAAAGUGUCCAUGAGGGAAAUUGAAGCAGACAAGAAACUAUCUGGAAAGAAGAAUCACACCCAUAAUUCCAGCAAUGGGGAUGGAUGAGGCAGGAGGACUGCUGCCGUUCUGGAGCCAGCCUGGACAGUGCUGUUGAAGUCCAGUGAGUUUAAGUCUAGCCCUACACAGCAAGACUUUGUCUCAAACAAAAACAAAAACAAAACAAAGCAAAACCAAAAAGAGAAAGAAAGAAAAAAGAUGAAAGAAAACAAUUGAACAAACAAAAAAGUUAACAUGGUAAAAUUCCCUGAAGCUUUCCAAAAUGUAUCACUCCACUGAUAACACUUUUAUUUCACUCCAAAAGUGAUUAUCUGAUCAUUAUAGAAAAUGUGAAAGGAAUGAGUGAAAAAGGUAACUACAAUCACCACUUAAGUGCAGUUCUAGAUGAUCUUUAAGAGCUUUUUUUUUUUAGUGCCAGAGGUUGAACUCACAACCUCGUGUUUGCCAGGCAGGUGCUCACAUCACUGAGCUAAACCCCUGGCUCGUUACGCUUUCUUUAGGUAAGUUAACUUGAAAAAUAUGAUUAACUUUUCAAAGAUGUCCCCCUAGACAGCUUUUUAAAAAAGUUACUGCUACUGUCUGAAAUAGGAUUAUUUUUAGGUUGCUUCUAUCUUAACAGUGAGAUAUGAUUAAUAAAAGAGAUUCCCUCUGAGGAAAAAGGCUUAACAGAAAGUAACCAAGGCUAACUUCUAGAAGUCAAUAUAACUAAGUUUUCGUGUCCAUUUCUGAAAAUAGGGAAAUCUUUUGAUGUUUCAUGUGAAAUCAUUUUUUUUCUUGGUGGUACUGAAGACUGAGCCCAGAGUCUUCAUACUGAGCUAUAUUCUAGCCCUUUUCUAAAUUUUUUAUCUUGAGAAAGAGUUGUGCUAAGUCACUAAGCUGCCAAAGCUGUGUUCAACCUUGUGAUCCUACCUCAGGCCCCACAGAGUGCUAGGAUCAAGAUAUGCACAACCAUGUCUAGCUUCAUGUGAAGUCUUGCCCACUAAAAUGAUCAAAACAAACUAAAAAGCAGAAUUAGAAAUAAUUAUCAGCAGCAAGGCACAGUGGUGCACACCUAUAAUCCCAGCCCUCAGGAGGCUGAGGCAGGAGGGUUACUGUAGGGGGAUUAUUGAGUUCAGGACCAGCCCAAGUUACAAAGUGAGCUUAAGGCCAGCCUGAACUGCAUAGUGAGAACCUAUCUCAAAAAGACAAAAAAGGGGCUGGGGAUUUAGCUCAGCGACAUAAGCGCCUGCCUUGCAAGCAGGCAGUCAUGAGUUCGAUCCUCAGUACCGAUAAAAAGGAAAAAGACAAAAAAAAAAAAAAAAAAAAAAAAAGGAAAGAAAGAAAAUAUCAGAUCAGAGUGUUAAACUCAGAGGUAAGAAGUGAAUCUCUCUUCUGCUCAGAGCAACUGGAUUAAACCAGGAGGCCAGAUCUUUUCCUAACUCUAUACCAAAUCGGUUCUUAGCCCACAAAUAAUUUUCAACAUGUCUCACAGUCCUGCCCAUGUUCCCGCCCAAGUCUAGCUCAAAGUGACUACUGUAACCACAUCUUUCUGCCUCCUCCACUAUCAAGGAAUAUUUCCAUUUAAACAAUAAAAUUUUUUGAUAGUUAAAACUGUACAAA